GGGGUGCCUGGAGCUCAAGGAGUUCAAGGUUCUCCCGGUUUGGUUGGUCCUGUUGGUCCAGUUGGAUCCGCUGGACUCCAAGGAAGUCCUGGUCCAUCUGGUGCCUCUGGUCAGCCAGGUCCAAAUGGACAGCCCGGCACUAAUGGUUUACCUGGGUUAUCUGGAGCUAAAGGAGAUACUGGGUCUCCUGGGCUAUCUGGGCCAAAUGGAGAAAUAGGUGCACCAGGUCCUCAAGGGCCACAAGGUCAAAUUGGAGCGCCUGGUCCCUCGGGUCCAAAUGGGGACGUCGGCGUUCAAGGAGCUGUUGGUGCUUCCGGGGCAACCGGAUCACCCGGGCCAAGUGGUCCAAGAGGUCAGCCAGGAAGUCCAGGUCAGCAAGGUCCCAGAGGUCAAAGUGGACCCAUUGGAAGUCCAGGUGUAUCAGGACAACCAGGUCAACAAGGAUUUCAAGGACCUGUCGGAGCUACUGGUAAUAAUUUAAAAUAA